AUGAACAGGAGAGGGCAGGAGCUGAUGAGGACAGAUGAAAGCGGGGCUAUAAUUGCUCCCACAAGAGAGGAGGUUAUCUUGUGUCUGGCCCUCUCUGCUCUCAUAAAUAUGCAGGGCACAGAGGCCUGUGAGCCGCAGGGCAGAUUAGAGCGGACUACAGAGCACGAGCUGGGUUUGUUAGCAGCACUCCGCAUAUCCCCUGCAUGUGUUUCCACUCUGUCUAUUGUGCCUCUAAGCCACUGCAGUGACAGAAGAAUCACAUGUCGAUCCCUCCGACCACUUCCUGAUUUUGGCAUCAACGUUCUUUCCUCCAAUGGCUGCCAGGAGCCUGUCAGCCUGGGUGUCCUCAAGGUGUCAGGCCUAGAGCGCAGUCAGGAGAGGAGUCAGGAGAGCUGUCGGGACGCCCAGUCUGCGGCUCCCGGCUCCCCUCGUCGCCCUCCGCCCCCCCUGGCCGUGUCUGCGGUCCAGCCCCUGUCCCCGCGCCACAACAGGACCAACAGCCACGCCCGGGCAGCCUCCAAACUCCCCCCACGGACAGAGGCAUCCCCCAGGCCUCGCACACCUGCCGCCCUGCCUCUCACCAACUCACCUCUUCCCUCUCCCCGAACGCAGCCUGAAACUCUGUCCCAACCCCGUCCCCCGCCAACGCCCAGUGCGCUGCCGCAGACCCCGUCUCCGGCUCUGCCCACGCACCACCCGCAUCAGCACCUGCAGCGGCCCCCGUCCCGCUGCCACCCCCGCCCCCUGUCGGUGUACAACGGUCUCAACGGCCACAGCAGCAGCAGGAGCAGCACUCCGGGCUCCAGGCCCCACGGGCCCCCGACGCCCUCCCUUCAUCUGCCCCACCACCCACCCCCGUCAGUGGGACCCUUCCCCCUGUCCUUAUCUGCCAACCACGGUCCCCCCCACGGCUUCCCCCCCUCCUUGCCGCCUUCGCCACAUUCGCAUCACCCCAAUAUGUUCGCUCCUCCUGCCGCUCUGCCACCUCCACCUCCGCUCACGUCUAGCACUCUGCCAGUUCCUGCGCAUCCUGCUGCUGGGGGUGCUUAUUCAGAACAAGACAUUCUGCGUCAGGAGCUGAACACUCGUUUUCUGGCCUCUCAGAGCGCGGACCGCGGCGCCUCCUUGGGGCCACCUCCGUACCUGCGCACAGAGUUCCACCAGCAUCAGCACCAGCAUCAGCACCAGCACCAGCACACCCACCAGCACACACACCAGCACACCUUCACGCCCUUCCCCCACGCCAUCAUGCCCACGCCCGCACCGCCCAUGGUGCGUGCCCCGGCCCCAAACUUUGAAAAAUAUCCAUCGAAAGUCGACCCCUUCUACAGACACAGUCUCUUCCACUCGUACCCACCAGCCAUGUCUGGUCUGCCACCCGUCAUUCCUCCAAAUGGGCCGUUCGGUUCACUACAGGGUGCCUUCCAACCUAAGACCUCCAAUCCACUGGAUGUUUCCAACAGACCAGGAGCCGUCCCACACACCUUCCUCCAGAAGGACCCCAGGUUAACGGAUCCCUUUCGGCCCAUUCUCAGGAAACCAGGGAAGUGGUGUGCAAUGCAUGUGCAUACAGCCUGGCAGAUCUACCACCACCAACAGAAGGUCAAGCAGCAGAUGCAGAUGGACCCUCACAAGUUAGACUUUGGGCUGAAGCCAGACUUCCUGAGUCGACCCCCAGGCCCCAGUCUGUUUGGGGCCAUUCAUCAUCCCAAUGACUUGGCCCGACCAGCCACGCUCUUCUCUGCAGCAGGUCCAACGCACCCCUCUGCCAGCCCCUUCGGACAUCCACCCCACCACCCCGGGAACUUCCUCGCCCCUGCCCCUCACUUAGAGCCGUUUAGUCGCCCUCCUUCCUUUGGAGGCCUGGCCGCUCUCAGUUCCACAGCCUUCGGAGGACUAGGGAAUCCUGCACUAACGGCUAACUCCAUGUUUGGCCAUAAAGAUGGCCCUAACUCACAGACGCACUUCAGCGGUGGCAAUGGCCCCCAGGAGCCAUGGAACCGCCUGCACCGCACCCCACCCUCGUUCCCCACCCCACCACCCUGGCUCAAACCAGGGGAGUCCGAGAGGAGCGCCUCAGUCAGCUCUCACGACCGGGACUCUGAGAAGAGGGACUCGGUGAGCAAAGAGGACAAGGACAGGGCGUCUGUAGAAAAGCGACACUCAAGCCAUCCCUCACCUGUGUCUGUUAAUCCACUUCCUUCUCUGGGCCACAGCCGACCUCCAGAGCACACCAGAACCCCCCUCCCCCCCUCUUCUGGAGACCCCCACAGAGACAGAGACAGGGACAAGGACAAGGCCAAAGACAGAGAGCACUCGGACUCAUGGAAAGAGGUGAGCCCAGAGGAGCACAAGCUGAAAGACAGCCAGCACAGUGACAAGGACAGUGUGAUCCACGACAGCAGGACGUCUGAGGACAAAGCCUCCAGCCGGGGGCCCACGUCCCCCUACAUCAGGCAGAACAGUCUGGACAGGCCCAACGGCCUGCCGCGGGACGUCCUGGACAAGAAGGACAUGUCUUAUGAGCAGCAAAAGAAGAACAGCGAGGUCAGAGUAAAAGAGGAAAGGAAAGAGGAGCAGGACGGGCCCACAGAGAGAGCCCCCUCUACACCCAGCCUGCACCCCCCCUCCUCCAUGCCCCUGCCCAUGGCCAUGCCCGGCGUGCACCCCAUCAACAGCAUCAGCAGUCUGGACAGAACUCGAGUUGUUGCUCCUUUUAUGGGCAUCAGUCCUAUCCCAGGAGCUGAACGCUUCCCUUACCCUGCCUUCCACUGGGACCCUAUGCGGGACCCCUACAGGGGCCUGGACCUUCACAGACGAGACCCCUUGGCCAGAGAACUUUUACUGAGGAACGAGUCCCUGAGCCGGCUGGGUCCCCCUCGGCUGUACGAGGCGGAGCGCUCGUACCGGGACAGAGAGCCCCAUGACUUUAACAGAGACCAUCACCCACUGAUGGAGCACCGCAGGGAGGUGGAGCGCCUCCCCAUGGAUGAGCGGGAGCGCCUCACGUUACUCCGGGAGGAGUAUGAACACGGCCGUCUACCUCCCUCCAUGCACCACCCUCUGGACCCCCACCUCCCUCACCCGGCCCCCGGCCUCAUCGCCCCUGGACUCCACAGCAUGCACUACUCCAGAGUGAGCCCAGCAGCGGCGGCAGCUGCGACCGCUCAUCAGAACGGGAUUCUGAAUAAAACUGCUGUAACAGCCUCCCUGAGUGCCCCUCCACCCCUCAUCCCCUCUCUGGGCCGCCCCGGCUCUCCCAGAAGGACUACCCCCCUGGGUGCAGACAUUCGGGACAGAGCGUCCCACAAAGACAUCGAGGCUCGGUGA